UUGAUAAGUGUCAUUCUUUUCCCUUGCUGCUGCUAACUGCUGCUAAGUUGCUCCAGUCAUGUCUGACAUUGUGCGACCCCAUAGAUGGCCGCUCACCAGGCUCCCCUGUCCCUGGGAUUCUCCAGGCAAGAACACUGGAGUGUGUUGCCAUUUCCUUCUCCAAUGCAUGAAAGGGAAAAGUGGGAAUGAAGUCGCUUGGUAGUGUCUGAGUCUUAGCGACCCCAUGGACUGUAGCCCACCAGGCUCCUCCAUCCAUGGGAUUUUCCUGGCAAGAGCACUGGAGUGGGGUGCCAUUGCCUUCUCCUCUUUUUCCCUACUGGUGUACAACCUCUGGUUUCUGUGAUGCCUCUCUGAAAUGGUUUCUUACAGUUGAUCUCAUCAGCUGAUUUUAGACAAAAGUCUUUGAUGACUUAAUUCAUGAGAAAAGAAACAAGAUUAGGUAACCCAAUUUGAUUACAACCAUCGGAUUACAAUUAUUGGACUGCUUCACAGUCUCCAAGCAGAGAGAAAAAAUUCAUUAGAUCAGGAAAAUCAAUCUGUUUCCCCAAGAAAUGCCAUCCAUGAAGUCUAAAGUAAAUAAAAUACAUUAGAGAAAGUUUACUGCCAAACCAAUAUGGUGGCCUCUAUAAUGGUUCUUCCUGUUGGAGUCUCCACAGGAAAUGGAAUCUACCCAGAUUAUCCAAAGUGGUUCCUUCCAUGCCCUUUAUCCAAUCACUGGGAUGAUGAGGUUAUGGCCAGAAACCCCUGGAGUUUCACCCAACUCUCUAUAAAUACAGACAUUUCAGCUCCAGACACAUUUCGAGAGCCAGUGCCUGACCUGAGGAGGCUGAAGGCAAGAGACCUGGAAGGGACUGCUCACCAGUGACUUUAAUGCUGAGGAAAAGCAGAGGAAAUCUAUUUCCAUAGGCUUCAACUGGGCACCCACUUCUAGAAGCAUUUGCUCAGAGUCCUACUGGAAAUUGCCUCCAUCAAUAUGGCUGAGGACCAGCCAUUUUUUCAGGGUUCUGGACACAUGACAGACAGCCCUGGGGCAGAGUCACCGGCAUCCGUGCCACCCCAAGACACACUCAUGGAAGACUCAGACUGUGACCAGGAAACCUGGCACGUCCGGUUCAGAACACUUAGAAGCUCAAAGGAGUCCGACCCAUUCGAGGAUCUGAGGAGACUCCGUGAACUCUGCUAUCUGUGGCUGAGGCCGGAUCUUCACACCAAGGAGCAGAUGAUGGACAGGCUGGUGCUGGAGCAGUUCAUGAUCUGCAUGCCCCUGGAGUGCCAGGUCCUGCUCAAAGAAAGUGAAGUGCAGAGUUGCAAAGCCCUGGAGGACGUGCUGAGAAAUAAGCAGAAACCCAAGAACUGGGACCAGAGAGCUCUCCCGCCAGAGACUGUUCCUGAAACAGGUGAGCUGGAGGGUCAGACGCCCAGGGAGAACUUGGAGAAGGACCUGCUGGAAGACAGGGGAGAGACAAAAACCCUUCAAUCUCAAGAACCUGAACUUCUGAAGGGUCCUGAGGGAGACGUUUCCACUAUGAGUGGAUCCAGACGAGGUCCUGUAAAGAAUCGCAGACAUGUCAAAAGGAAACGGGAGAGCAGUCCCACUUGCCAAAAUGUGGGUCAAGAAGCAGCCACGUGUUUGGACCCAGGAGAGUUCUCAGGACAGCGUGGGUUCCAUUUGUUGGUGCAUCUGGCACCGUGGGACCCACCAGUCUUCCUGAGGGAGCAGAAACCCCCACGGGCACCCUCUGAAUGCAGGGUGUGCAAAAAGAGCUUUCCUUAUCAAUCUCAGCUUAGCCUGCACCAGAGGACACACACAGGAGAGAGGCCCUUUCAGUGCGACAUCUGUGCCAAAGUGUUCAUACAGCUUUCAGAUCUGCAGGUUCACGAGCGGAUCCACACUGGCGAGAAUCCCUACAGCUGUGAUCUCUGCCUCAAGAAGUUCACCCACAACUCCACGCUGUGUGCUCACAAGAGGACCCACACCCAGGAGAAGCCUUUCCGCUGUGAGCAGUGUGACAGAGCUUCAGCCACCGAGGGAACCUCAGUGUUCACCGACGCACCCACUCUGGGCUCAAGCCCUACGUGUGCCCCGAGUGUCACACAGCCUUCCGUCAGCUGGGGACUUUCAAACGCCACCGGAAAAUCCAUUCCAGAUGACUGGCUCAGGACCCUGCCCUCAGGUCCAAGUGCCUUCUGCUUCGAGAAAGAAAUUCGGGAUUAUUUGUCACUUAUGUGAGACAAUGAAAGGGUGACAUGUGAAGAACUUACGAUCAUACUGGAACCCGAUGGGGUUCCAUUCACAUGAAUUAGGUGUGAAUUCUUUCCCUUCAGAAUUUGAUUUCUACUUUAGUGUAGCCUGUGUUUUGGUGAUAAGUUUUGGCUUUGUGUUGUUCUUCUUUCAGUGAAUGCAGGUCUCAUUAGUUUUCUUCUUUGUGAAACUGAGGUCACUGCUGAUUGUCCCCCCAUUAGGGAAGAUUUCAUCGUAAAAUAGGAUGCUCCUAGCAGAGUGUCUAGAUGAAAAAGAGGAUCACCAGUGAAAUUUAAAUUUCUAAUAAACAAAGACAUUUCUG